UCCUCUGACAUCGAGAGCUUCUCCGUUUUCUUCUCCCUCCGGUUGUUCCCGACCAGGAUGUGGCACUCUGUGGCUCUUCUCCUCUCUGGACUCUCCGCUUUGAUCAACGUGUCUUUGCAGGGGCCUCACCAGAGGAACCUGCUGAAAAACCUCCUGAAAGACUACAACCGGAUGGAGCGGCCAGUGGGGAAUGACUCCCAUCCUCUGACGGUCUUCUUCACCCUCAGUUUGAUUCAGAUCAUGGACGUGGAUGAGAAGAACCAGGUGUUAACCUCCAACAUGUGGCUUCAGAUGAGUUGGUACGACCACUACCUGCAGUGGAACCAGAGCGACCACCCUGGCGUGAAAAACCUCCGCUUCACCACAGAUCAGGUCUGGACUCCAGAUAUUCUGCUCUACAACAGUGCAGAUGAUGACUUCGACUCCACCUUUAAGACCAACAUUCUGGUAAACUCCAGCGGCUUUGCAAAGUAUCUCCCUCCAGGAAUCUUUAUGAGCACGUGCAACGUGGACGUGCGCUGGUUCCCAUUCGACAUUCAGAAAUGCGAGUUAAAGUUUGGCUCCUGGACGUAUGACGGCUGGCUGCUGGACCUCCAGAUGACCGAGGCUGACAUCUCGGGAUACAUGCCCAACGGAGAGUGGGACUUAAUUGGUGUUCCUGGCACCAGAAAUGAGGUUUUCUACGACUGCUGCAAGGAGCCGUACCCAGACGUGACGUUCGUGAUCACGAUCCGGAGGCGGACGCUCUACUACGCCCUGAACCUGCUCAUCCCUUGCGUGCUGCUUUCCUCCAUGACCCUGCUGAUUUUCGUGCUGCCAGCUGACUCUGGAGAGAAGAUUUCACUGGGUAUCACCGUUCUGCUGUCGCUCACUGUUUUCAUGCUGCUGGUGGCUGAGAUAAUGCCCGCCACGUCGGACUCCGUCCCGCUCAUAGGUCAGUACUUUGCCAGCAUAAUGAUCAUCGUUGGGAUGUCAGUCGUUGCCACCGUUGUGGUUUUACAGUAUCAUCACCACGAUCCAAAUGGAGGGCACAUGCCGAAAUGGGUGCGUCUCGUUUUGCUGCAGUGGGUCGCCUGGUUCUUGAGGAUGAAGCGGCCCGGGGAGAACGACGAUCCAGAGCGACCGCCAUGCGCCCCACACCUACGCCGCUGCUCCUCAGGAUCACAGAGCGGCAGCAUUCCCAACCCUCCCGACCCAACCCUCCACCCGCUGCACCCGCAGAACCUGACGCCUCUCCAGACGGGGCCGCUCCACGCGGGACACCCUCACCUGCAAAGCAGCGCCAACAACAACGGGAACCUUCUCUACAUGGGCUUCCCGAGCAUCGAGGACUCAUCAGUUCUGUCGGAACCCGUCCAGAGGAAUAACAUCUCCGUAGGACCUCCACGGGUGGCAGGAAGUCCGCCUCCUCACCUGCCGUCGCAGUUCUGCAGCUCCCCUCCGCCUCCAACUCCCAACAUGGACACAGUGGGGUGUCCCAGCACUGUCUCUAGUGGCGGAGGUUUUGGUGGGGGACCAGGAGGGUGCUCAACAUCUGUGAUGGGCGACCCGCAGCUGCAGGCCAUCCUGGAGGAGGUGCGCUACAUGGCAGACCGUUUCAGAGAGCAGGACGAGACCGAGAGCAUGGCUGACCAGUGGAAAUUUGCGGGCGCUGUGAUCGAUCGCCUGUGCCUGGUGGCGUUUAGCGUCUUCAACAUCAUCUGCACCAUCUCCAUCCUCAUGUCGGCUCCAAACUUUGUGGAAGCUGUUUCUAAGGAUUUUGUUUGAGGGCGGGGGUGAACAGGAAGAAAAAAACACAAAACACACACACACAUGCAAAGGAAUGUUUUGGAGAAAAUUAAAUAUGGUAUGUAGAACGGAACGGGCUCUGAUCCAGGGAAACACGAUUUCCAGCAAACUGUAAGCGCUGUGAUUUGUGAUUGCAAGGAUCUGGGGGAAUGGAAAGAAACUAAUGGUUUUCUUUGCAAUAGAUUCUGUUUUGUAACCAAAAAAGAAGAAAACAGAUGAUGAAGGGAAUACGGGGUGAAGUUUAAAUGAAAUUAGAGUGCAGGGUGCUUUAUCAGAUUCUUGACAAGGUGAAAUUGGUUUUUGAGGCCGAUUUGAAAAGGACUUUUGUUUAAAAUUCAAGGGAAAUAUGAGUCUGACAAGGACGCUAAUGCAUCCUGAGGUAAUGACGGUCUGAUGUCAGGGAAGACUGUGGGAAUAAAAGAGGAAGAAGAGACAGACAGAUAGGAAGCGACAGAUAAAAGAGACGGAUAUGUGACUGUUUCAUUUCUUCAGAUAGGGGAGACAGCCUGUUAGUCCCACAGGUGGAGAAAAUACCGCAUCACUCUAAAGUGAUGAGAGAAGAAGAGGCUUUUACAAGGACACAAAACAAAGAGCAGACGUGAAGGACAGACACUGUCCCUCUGGGAACCUGAGGCAGGCAGAGUUUUGAGAAGCUGCUUGAUGCUCGGAUGCACAAAAGAUGACCGAAGAUCAAGAGCGUCGCAUCGCACAGGAACUCAUCUAUUAUUCAAUCACAUUUCGGCUAAUGACAGUCAAAUUGAAAGGCUUUGGAUAAUCCUCCAGACUAACAAGCUUCUCAAAGAUGAACUCCCAUCUCUGCUUGUGAGCCACUUUGAAUCUCCGAGACCUUAUCUCUGUGAGGCGAUUGCCAAUCAGAACGCUCCUCAGCGGCUCCUCUCUGUGUGCGGCGCUCGUCCCGACCCGGAAACUCGAAUUAGCCGCUCAUCAACAAUGCAGCGGCCCGUCGCUGCGCCACUGUGGAGACCGAUGAAAAUUCAUGCACCGGUUACCUAACUGCAUCUGGCAGGUCAUAACGGACCAACGAAACUCAUUGGAUUUCAUAUUAAAGGUUUAAUAACUCAGGCAGGAGGUCAGGGCUCUUAAAGGACACCAGAGGCAGAAGGAAGAGGAUGAGAUCAUUGAAUGUAGAGGAGCAGGGUCCUGUUAAUUUCCUCUGACUGGUUUAAUUUCAAUAUAUUUUCAUGAAAUUUAGAGAAUGUAAGAGCGCAAAUCAACACCACAACAUUCUUACAGGGAUUUUAAACAAAAUAUAGCAAGUCUCUCUGCUGGCAAUUUGAAUAAAAACAUCAUUUUAGCUGGGCUUAAUUCAGAAAUAUUAAUGUGGUAACAAUGUGUAUUUAUUAGACAAUCCCACCCUAGUUUUUAUUUGUACUACAGUGGCUUGUAAAGGUAUUCCUACAUCUCGAACUUCACAUUUUAUCCAGUUACAACCUUCAACUCAGAGGAAUUUCAGUGAGACUCUAGUUUUGGAUUUGUUUUCAGACCUAUGUGUCAGUACUUUGUAGGGCUAAAACGUCUUUAGUCAAUCAAUCAAUUCAAUUUUAUUUGUACAGAACAUUUCAGCAACAAGGCAGCAAAAAAUAAAAAUCAACAAUUGAAGCAUUAGAUGUUUCCAAGUGUUGUCAUUACCUGUCAAAAUGUUGGUUAGUCUUUCAUCUAUUAUGGUACCAAAGCAACUCUAAACAGGUUUUUAAAAGUCUUAAAUUCAUGCAGCUAAAAUUAAGAUUUUAAAGUAUCUUAAAGUUGAUAUGCAAGUUUGUUAUUAAUCUCAGAAAUUCUCUUAUAUAAAACUUGGACAUUUCUGACCUUGAAAAGUUGGAAAUAUUCUAGGAAACACUGAGAAAUUUCCAAGUUUUUCUAGAAAUUUACCGACAAUCUAAAAAUUUUCUGGAGUUUUCUGGCAUAAAUUUACUCGUCUUUUUUUUUUUUUCUAUCUGCCUAUUGUUCUGUAUCUAGUUCUAAAAACAUUGAAGUCUAACUUCAACAAAUUCCAGAUUAUUGUUUUAAAAAAUUUAAAAGCUGUUUGUCAAAAACGCUGCAGGAAUCUUGACCCUCUCUUCACAACAAAGUUGCUUCAGUACAUUAAGAUUUGCAGACAUUUGUUUCUCCCUCAAGGCCUCAGCGCAGCAUUUCAAUCAGCUUCAGGUCUGGAUUUUGGCUCGUCCGCUGCAGCACCAUAACUCUUCUCUUUCUCUCAUUCUGGGGAAGAUUUGCUGCUGCGUUUAGGAUCAUUGCUGCUAUCCUGUUUGUUCUCAUCUGUCAAAACAACCUUGUUUCUGUAGUCCUUUUGUUCACAAAGUCAUGCUACCAUUAUUUUUAUAGAGAAGAGGCUUUUCUCUUGGCUUGUACUGUUAUUAUGUAAUUUCAACCUUCAGCUGAGGCCUGAAGACUUUGUGAUGAAGCUUUUUGGUUUAUCUCCUCCUGGGAAAAUUGGCAGCUGUCCCAAAUAUUUCACAAUGUUAAUAAUUUCCUUAAUGCCUCAGGUUAAUGGGCAGCAGCAGUUACUUCCUGGUGUUUCAAUCAGCUAAUCAAGUGAUUUUUUUUUUUAUCAAGAGGAAUCAGUUUUUUCUUCCUGUUUUACAAGGAUUGUACAUCUUCAGGUUGAUGUGUCAAAAAACUAACUUGAUUUUAAUGUUAAGGGUUACUGAAUAUCAGUUUCCAAUAAGAAAAAAAGAGAUUCUGCUUAAAAUAAAACAAUAAUCUCAGAAGAAGUAAACAGCUGACCUGUAUUUCUUUUAUAUUGUAUUCCCAAAGUGUACAAGUCACUAAAUAACCUACCAUCAAACUGCCAGCAAAGAUACAAAAUCUAAUUGUUAUAGAAGAAGCAAACAAAGCAAAACAAGAAAAACUUUUAAAACUAGAGAUUGGCAUUAUGAGAAAUAUUUUUGUUACAUCAACAAAUCCAGUUUUAUUUGAUUAAAUAGUGAACAGAAAUGCUGCGUAUCGCAGUAUCAGCCAACGUCCCUCAACGUUUCAGCUGCAGAUUAAUUUACAUCUGAUGCUCUGGAGAGUUUUUACAGCAGCUGGAUGAUGUAUGUGGGACUGAUUGGGAAUAAAACAAGAGCGGCUCCAUUCAUCCUAAUAGGAAAACAUGACCAGUGCAAUGUGUGGCUUAUUAAUGAGCUUCUAAUCAUGUUAUGACAGGAGGAAAAUAAAUCUCAGCGCUUGGCCUCACGGGCUGUGUUUAUUGGUGUUGGAUAGAUUUGCUGUUUGGGGUUUUCAUUGGAUCUAGCGACAUAUAUCCACAUUUAUUGCCACUUUGAUUUAUCUAAGAAAUCCAUGAAUAUUUUUGUAGUUUUCCUGGGAAUGUUUAAGCUAGAAGUUGCAGGCGAUUGAGGAGGCUCAGUUGUGAAGUUGUUGAAGGAACAUUCGGAGUUUCGAGUUAAAUCUGCAUUCAUUUUGUGAACCUGGAGAAAAGCUACAACUAGUUGUGGGGCAUUUAUCGUAUUGUUUUAUUCCUUAUUGUGUUAAAUUUCUUAUAAAAAGUUUGAGUUCUUGUUUUCACAAUAAAUUUCAAUCAAUGUUUCAACUCCCUCAAAGCUGUUCAAAUUGUUGUAAUUUCUAUUUUUACCAUUUUCUCCACCAGUGAGAUCAAUAAAUAAGAAUACACGUGAAAAUAUGAGUAAAUGCAAAUGCCGUGUGCAUUUUAGUAAUGCAUAUCACACUUAUUUGUGACUUAUGUCCUGAAGACAUGUAUUAAAAAUGGCUAUGAUUUCUAAGAGCGGCGUGUUUUCAGGAUUUUUUUUUAUUGCUUUGCCCGUCAAAAACAAAAAAUAAAUAGUAUUGUCAUGUUUAUUGUUAUCCCAAUAGUACUACCAAAUAUCUUGAUAAAACUUUGUCCAUAUCAUCCAUCCCUGGACACAAUUAUGUCCCCCUGAAGCAUUUUGUUGGGAGACUUUGAAAGAUUAUCUGGAGAUUGUUUUUCUAAAUAUGCGUUCCCAGAUCAAACCCAAGCUCAUGAGCGUGAGAUUGUGUAUCUUGGUGUCUUGUCCAUGAAUGAUGGCAGGAUGUAGCUGCAAAGUCUGCAGUAUUAUUAGUUAUACUUCAAUCUGUCAAAGUGAAGGAAACUCUCAAUUUAUCGGUCCAUUCAUGGUCCAACAACCAUUCCAAGUGUAACCUGAUUUCAUCGCAGAUUAAAGUGGCUAAAAUGAACUUCUGCACUACAAAAACACAAUAAUCUUACCAAGUAUUUUUGGUCUAGUCCAAAUAUCUUAGUACACUUGAAAUAGGACAAAACUAACUUACAAGCUACAAGCAACAAAUAUGAACUAGUUUUAAGUCAAUAAUUCCUUAAUAUUAAUGAAAAAGUUCUAGUGAAAUAAUCUGCAAAUUAAAGUGUUGUGUUACACUGCUGUUUUAUUUUACUUAUAACCAGUAUUUUUUAAUAUAUUUUGAGGAAUUAUUGACUUAAAAGUGUAGUAGUUUGGACGCCAUCCAGCAGAGGGCGCAUGGUAAUCCUUAACCGGAGCCGUUGUUACAGGAUUAAAGAUGGCGGAGCUACAGCAGAACGGGAAAGAGAAAUGGUCCAACAAGUGUCCGAUAUAACACUGUUUAUACAGUUCUGCUUUGAAAUCAACACGCUCCUUGAGUUUAACCUUAAUAGCGCUCGUUCAGCCUAGCUGCGUAGCAACUUCUCAUUCGAAAAUGACAAAUUUUAAAUGAAGGAACAGGUGGGAUGAUAGAAAAAAACGGGCCGAAUAACGCAAAAAAAAAAAAAAAAAAUGUAACGAUUGGAAGAUUUCGAGGGCUGGUGAGUUAAUGCACUUUAUGGAGUGAAGUUUUAACUUUCCUUCAAUCUAGAGCAGUGACAGACGGCACUUCACAAAAGUACUGAUUCUGUACUUCUCUGUUCAUGGGGGAUUAAGUAUUUCACAUAUUAUGUUCUUUUUAUCUUUUAUUUUCCUGUUUAGCAACUUAGAGGUUCCUAUUUUUUUUUUAUAUUUUAUAAAUAUGUCUAAGUUUAUUAAUGUGAGAAAGCUUAUUCUAAUGAUGUUUUCUUUUAAUUCAGCAAAUUUAGCCCUUCAUGUUUUGGACAGGUGUUCAACCCUCUUGAUACAAGAGAAAACUCAGGUUGUAAAGAAAAUGACCACCUAUCAAUUAAUUGUUUGUUGAUUUAUCAACUUUAAAUGAAUAAUUAAUCGAUAACUUGCAUUGCUUCUGAAAGAAUGAUCUCUGGUUGUUCUCGCUGAACAUCACUACCCAAUCUCACGGACAAUAUGGAUGGAUUAACUCUGGCUCUUACCUUAAAGGCCAGCUAUGUUAGCUACAUUCCUGUCUCCGUCUCGCUUCAAAGUGAAGAGUAUGUCUCUUCUUCUGCUGUCUUUCUGUCUCUUCUUCUAACUCAAUUCCACAAGCAGGGAAAAAGUAAACUUCCUGCCUGAGGGUUUGUUAAAGGUAACUCUCCUUUGAGCACACGCUGACACUC